GAUGAACUAACGCCCAUUGCAGCAAAGUGCGGGAUGACGCGUGAUUGCUUUUUGUGGAAUUUCGUGCGACGUCCGAUCGCAGGCAGGUCACCCACGUUCGCCUACCUGGACCUCACCACCGACAGAGCAGAAGAUGAAUCGGAAGAAGUGCCCAAGCAGAUCAAACCCAUAGCCUUACAGAGUCCGAUUUUCGAUGUGGCCGACGGAGGCAUUGACGUGGCGAUUGAGUACUUCAGAAAAGGUUUUGAUAUCUCCACAGCGAACCUAUCCGUGUCCUGCUACAAUGACGGAGCAUCGCCGAAGCGUGAAGUAGUGCACCAACUCGAACUGGAUGAAGUCUCGGUGUGGACAACGGUGAACCUGACACUCGAGCAGGGUACGCAGUGCCAGCUCGUGAUUCAAGUCGUUAGAGGAGUUUGGACAAACGGAACGAUGGCCAUUGGAAGAAUCAAGGUUACGAAAUCGCAACCAGGCGUUCAACCAAAGCCAGCCUCCAAUUCAGCAAUAUACUGCACAUUCGAGGACGGGACUACAUGUGGAUGGAACCCAAAUGGCGCGUCGUUGCCUUGGCUGCUCAACAAUCCCGCGAAAAACAUUCCUGACUAUCCUCGCUUCGACCACACUUUGAGGGCCUACAGAGGGCGUUUCAUUUUUGCUUCUAUCGGCAAAAACAAGUCGUUUGGAACAGCGGAGCUUAAGAGUCCGGAAUUGGAAAUCAACGCUACUGACGGAGCCUGUCUCAGCUUCUGGCAUUUCACCGACCACGACAAGCGAGCCCAUAUAACGGUGCUAGCUGAUGGACGCUUCUUGUUCGGGUCUGGAACCAGGACGAACCACCGAUGGAAUCAUGUUCUUGUAGCCUUCAAGGUGCCAACUCAGAAGUUUAAGCUGCAGAUUCAGGUGCAUCUGGAGAGCGGUCUCAUUGGCCUGGAUGACAUACAGAUCACUGAGGGAACGUGUCCUCUUAGAGACUUCUGCCCCUUCGAGCCGGCAUAUUCGUGUCCUAUGCACCAAGGAGCCGGCAGUUUUACCCCAUGGAUACCGCUCAUCGCACAGGAAAUAGGAAUUCCAGACAACACUCUCAAGAAUCUCAAAGGUUACUACCUCUACCUGAAUACGACGGCAGUGCGCUCGCACCAUCCGGUGUCCAGAGUUUUCAUGGCCACACGGCCGCCCACAGAAGCAACCUGCGUCACCUUCUGGUGGAAAGGACGUGGCGUACCAAGCCAGUUAAACGUGUACAGGUUCACAAAGGAGACUGCAAUGAGAGAUCCACUACUCUCCGUAAGCACAAGGGAUGAAGAAGACUGGUGGAACGUUCGCACACUUACCAUCAAGUCCAAAAGGAAAUGGAACCUCGUGUUUGAAGUGAUCGCAGCUGAAGACGCGAGGCGUGAAACCGGAGUCAUGAUUGACGACGUCGAGUUUGCAGACGGUGAAUGUCCAAAAUACGAAUUCUGCACAUUUGAAGAAGAAUGUUUGCCCUGGCUUGUCUUAAAUAGAGAUGAUGACGCAAGUUUUGAGCCCCAGAGGGCUGGAUCAUUUCCUCAACUUCCCCGUGACCAUACGACGCAGACGGAAGAUGGUUACUACCUGCUCUACAAAAGUCUCGGCGUCAGAGGGAAUCACUCCAAUUUAGUGUUGCGGGACACGACACGCUACCGGUGCGCAUCCCUAUGGUACUACCUGCCUGCCAUGACGGAUGGCGUCCAACUGCUGCUCAAAGAUAAUCCAGUGGAAGAAACAAAGGGAGUCUGGAAACGACAACAGUUUUCGUAUCCAUCGGGCUGGAUGAAUGCGGUCAGAGCUGUAUCUGGCAGUAACCCAAGCGGUUUUGUGGCCAUAGAUGAUGUGCUCGUAAACGAGCUCCAUUGCGACGAACUGGGACGCUCUACGCAGAUGUUCGACUGUGGCAACAAACAAACAGUGCUCGUGGAGCGUGUGUGUGACUUCGUGGUCGACUGCCGCAAUGGUGCCGACGAGCGAAACUGCGGCCAGUGCGACUUCUCUGAAGGCACCUGUGGAUGGAAUCUCAACUGGUAUCGCAACGGUGACACGAUGGCAUGGCGCCGAGAGCGCAUCGGAUAUGUAUCCGGUUCUCCGCGCAUAGGAGCCGACACCAGGCACGCUGGGAAUUACCUGAUGCUAUACUCUAACCUCACCAAAUCUCAGCUAACUGGUCAAGCCGCCAUUAUUUCUCCGAUGAUCAGGAACACAGACAAGCUUUGCACCAUGCGUUUUUGGUUCAACUACGUCAAUAACGGAAGCAGCACUGAUGUUGAGUUGAUCAUGGAACUGGAUCCGUACAAGCUAUCCAUUUGGACGCUCAGUGCACUAAACAGGGCUCCAGAAAAGGGAGUAUGGAAUGAAGCUAUCAUCGCUAUAGGCCGCUACAAUAGAGAUAUCCGAUUCCAGUUCUCAAGCACACAAUGGCCACAAGGACGAGCUUUGUUCGCCGUCGACUCGAUUGAUUACAGCGGAUGCGCAUUACCAGCUAGGCAUAAUAACUGCACCAAGAUGGAUUUCAGCUGCGCCAAUGGUGCCUGUGUAAGCAGGCAUGAGCGUUGCAACUACGUGGACGACUGUGGCGACAACAGUGACGAACAAAGCUGCUGGGAUCACCGGCUUGGAUGCAACUUCGAUACAUCAUUCUGUGACUGGGUUCCUGGUGUGCCAUGGGACGAGGAUCAAGAUACAUGGGCUUUGAAGCCCCCAGGACCGUCUCUUCUCACUUCGCCGACGCGAGACCAUACAACGGGAUCCCCCGACGGAAAUGUUGUAAUUCUGCGCACUCACGCGAAGGCAACAAACGCCACCCUCUACGGCCCAACCCUCGACAAUACUGAGAAUUGUUCGAUCACCUUCUUUUACACGGUACAAGGAAAAAGUGAACCCCAGCUUACGCUCAAUGUCCGCUCUGCCAAGGAUGGACCGUGGAAGUCAGUAUGGAAGCAGAGUGAGCCAACGCAGUUCUGGCACUUUGUUGCCGCUACAGUACAUUUCACGGAGACAGAUCCGUACCAGGUUGCUUUCACUGGAGAACACAGGGCAUCGGGCCAAGAGGGCUACAUUGCUAUCGAUGAUGUGGCAUUUUCAGAGACGUGCAAGACCUACGACAAAGAGUUACCACCAGCCCCUGCGCCAACGUUACCACAAUUCGCAUGUGGCGCGGACAUGUUUCGAUGCGGCGAUAACGAAGAGUGCAUUCCACUGGCUCAGGUGUGUGACUUCAAAGAACACUGCUCAAAUGGCAUGGACGAAGCACGUUGCGGUGCCUGCGACUUCUCUCAGGACCUUUGUGGCCUGGAGAACGAAGACCCGAAUGGGCGCUUAGGUUGGAACUGGACAAUGGCACAAAUUGGCAAAACUAACAAAACCUUUCCCUCGACAGACAGCCGUCUUGACGAUGGAGGCGCGUACGCUGCCUAUUGCCUCCUCAAUCCAGAUGUGCCUUUGGGAGCCCCCAGAGCGAUGGUCACGCCUCGGUUGGGUCAGGUCGCCCACUCUUGCACCGUCAGCUUUUACGUCUACGUUCCUGACGCAUCCUCAUCCAUUCUCGUUUUUGGAGUUUUGCCUAAAUCGGCAACGAGCACUGCGUCUUCAACAGCGCAUCCCCUCUCAAUUUUGACCGGACGAGUGCAAACCGGCAGAUGGACCAAGGCGUCUAUUAAGACGGGGAACUGGGAUGCUGGAGCGAGGUUCUUUUAUGAAGCCGGCGCACCUGGAAUGAGUAUCGAUCAGACCAAGUACCUCAACUGUCAUCCAGACACCCAGAGUGAAGGAUGGGAGGCCUCCCGUUAUGUGAGCUGCGACUUCUCUGCGCCCUUCGACUGCGGCUGGUUUCCAGAACGCUCAGCCGCCACCCUAAGAUGGGUGCUUUACACCGGGGGCGCAGGAACAGCAAGACUCAGGUGGCAGCCCACGGACAGCGGGGCACGUAACGGUGCCUACAUGUAUGCCAGAAACAGGUUUUUCAACGAGAAAAUUGCUCACCUGGUCUCUGUCCGGAUGAGUCCGACACCCGAAAAUGGACGCUGCUUCACGUUCUGGUACAACAUGUGGCACCCAAACCUCGGACAGCUUAACCUUCUACAGCGCGUGGACAAUGUGACCAACGUCUUGUGGACGCGUUCUGGACCUCAGGGCAAGGCUUGGCAGCAGGCGCAGAUACUAGUGCUGUCCGACGACCCGCACCAGCUUGUAUUUGAGGCCAUUUUGAAACCUCAGAACCCUGGUAUGAUCGCCAUCGACAACUUUGAGCUCAAGAAUGGCUCAUGUGACUCAAAGAAUGAGUGCACGUUUGAAACUGGAUCAUGUGGCUGGGAGCUUCACAACUGGGAAGUAACAAAAGGGAGCAGUGUCAUGCUACCCCAGGCAGACCAUGGAAGACAGUCAGCUGCAGGCGCAUUUGCCCUGGUGAACGCUCCCAGUGGCCGCAUGGUGAGCCCUCCAGGCACGUACGACACCACGAAGAACAGGUGUCUCCGCUUCUGGUUCUUCAUCGCUGGCUCCACGGAGACGCUCAAUGUCACGCAAGUUGUCGACGAUAAGCAAGAGGAUGUGGUCUGGUUUGGAACGAAGGUGGACGCUCCAGCUGAGCGAUGGUAUUCGGCUGCAGUUUCUUUGACCAGUUACCAAGGAUCUGUUUCGACGGUGUUCGAAGGGACGAAUUCCGGUGACGCGGGCACUGCCGUAGCUGUAGACGACAUCAGCCAAAGGGAGGAGCCAUGUCCGCCUCCUGGUAGUUGCUCUUUCGAGGAGGACAUGUGCAAUUGGCGUAACAUCGAGGAUCUGGCCCACAUGCAGUGGUACAGACACAGUGGUCGUACAGUGUCUGGCUCAAGCGACCUCGAGAACGACCACACGUUGGGUAGCAGAGAGGGUCAUUACCUUCUCCUUGACUCCGAAGACAUGUCUGAAAAGCGUUUUGGCAGUCUUCAAAGCCAAACCCUCAACUUUGGCCCUGCUGUCUGCUUCAAGCUAUACUAUAACAUGAAGAAAGGAUCGGAUGCAUAUCUGAAGAUAAAGUUCUUGGAUUCAUCGGGAGCCCCAUCUGGUGAACAGAAGAUGGUGCUUGCAACAGCUCCAACAGAGUGGACGUUGCUUUCUGUGGAACGGCACGACCUUCCUAAACACUUCUCGAUUGUCAUUACUGGCAGCACCGGAAGUUCUUUGGGUGACUUGGGCAUCGAUGAUAUUGAUGUCUAUCCGGGAAAAUGCGACUCGUCCAAGGUUGUCACUGUUUCCCCGCAGCCCGGAGUUUCUACAAUUCAACAUGUCUCUACUCCCUCAUACAACACGGAAAGUAUGGCACCUUCACUGACAGGACUACCUGUUCCCACGAGAGAAAUAACAGCGGAACCUAUUACAAGUACAUCAGGUUCUGUUUCUUCGCCGGUGCCGUUGCCUCGGUGCGCACGUGGCCAAUUCAACUGCCGAGACGGCGCCACCUGCAUACCGAGCAUGUUGGUGUGUGACGGCGUUCGUGACUGUCCCAACGGACUCGAUGAAAAGUGCGCAAACGCCAAUGCGUGCACAAAUGACGAGUUCUUGUGUGCGAGCCGCACUCCAAGCUCUUGUCUCCCACGUUAUGUUCUCUGCGACGGCAAGGAAGACUGCUUCGGAGGCGCAGACGAGUACCUGUGUCGCCAAUGCCCGCACUUCCUGUGCCUCAACGGGGGUCUCUGUUGGUGGAGCGUUCGGGAGCCAUACCCCUCGUGCCAUUGUCCUGAGGACUACGAGGGCCGUCGAUGCCAGAUCAACAAAAAGCACGAGCUAGAGGAUAAGCCGCAGCAGCUCCAAGAUGUUGGCUCAAAUGGCCCUAUCGUGACUGGUAUUCUUGUCGGGCUGGCCUUCGUACUAAUAGGAGCAGUGGUCGUGGUUGCAGUUUUGAGGAGACGACGUGCAGAAAGAUUGAACACGCCUUUGUACAUCAGUAAUCCAUCCUUCAACGCGCAAGCUGAAGACACACAAACAGCCACGUGAGGGUAAUCACCGCAUCAUAGGAGCCGGAAGAACAGCAACGUGGGUGACAUCGAAGGAAAAAAAUAAUAAAGUCAUUAAGUUUCAUCACAA